CCACGUGUAACAGCGAUGGCACACUUUUCGACGAACCGUACAUAUAGAAGCUGAAGAAGUUCGCCUUUCUGCCGCUCUCCACCAGCGCCACCGUAAACGUCGAAGCUGCGGCCACUGGUGAACCUCCUCCGGUGUGAACUGGACUGAAUUGUUUGCGUUGCUAUGGCGACCAUAACCGCCUCAUACUUUGUGUCGCAUAUACACGGAGGUAGGGCAUCAUUGGAAUCCAAGGCUAAUUUUGCACGGGUUGGCCUGAGGAACAAUCCGACAACUCACGAUGGAUUAAGAACACUCAGCAACAUUGAUCUGCUCCAAAUGAGAAGCACUGUGAAAGCCAAGGUAAAACAGAACACCAAUGGAAAAAUCAAAAAAGUCAGGGCACCUGCAAACGUAGUUGUCUGCGGGAUGAGUAUAUGUUUCGUAUCAGCUGAAUGUGGUCCGUGGAGUAAAACUGGAGGGCUUGGUGAUGUUCUCGCAGGAUUGCCUCCAGCCAUGGCGGCAAACGGACACAGGGUGAUGUCAGUUUCUCCGCGCUAUGAUCAGUAUAAAGAUGCAUGGGACACUGGUGUGGUUGUGGAGGUAAAAGUUGGAGGUAGUAUUGAGGUAGUGAGAUAUUUUCACUGCUACAAGCGUGGAGUCGACCGUGUAUUUGUAGAUCAUCCCAUAUUCCUGGAGAAGGUCUGGGGCAAAACUCAAUCGAAGGUUUAUGGCCCCAAUGCUGGUACUGACUAUGAUGACAACCAACUUCGAUUCAGCUUGUUGUGCCAGGCUGCCUUGGAGGCUCCAAGGGUGUUGAACUUGAACAGCAGCAAAUAUUUCUCAGGACCAUACGGUGAGAACAUUAUAUUCGUCGCAAAUGAUUGGCACACUGCUUUGCUUCCGUGCUACCUAAAGUCUAUGUAUCAGGCCAGAGGAAUCUAUAUGAAUGCGCGGGUUGCCUUCUGCAUCCACAAUAUUGCCUACCAAGGAAGAUUUGCAUUCUCAGACUUCCAUCUUCUCAACCUGCCCGAUAAAUUCAUAACUUCUUUCGACUUCAUUGAUGGGUACGACAAACCAGUCAAGGGACGGAAGAUUAAUUGGAUGAGGGCUGCUAUAAAAGAGUGUCACAGACUUCUUACAGUGAGCUCUAACUAUGCAAAAGAGGUUGUUUCUGGGGAUGCGAAAGGAGUCGAAUUGUAUAGAGAAAUCCGGGAGGCUAGCAUAACCGGGAUUGAGAAUGGGAUGGACACCCAGGAGUGGAAUCCAGCAACUGAUAAAUACAUUGACUUUCACUAUGACAUCACUACCGUUAUGGAUGCCAAGCCUUUAUUAAAGGAAGCGCUUCAAGCUGCAGUCGGGUUGCCUGUAGACAGGAACAUUCCCGUCAUUGGAUUUAUUGGUAGGCUUGAAGAACAGAAAGGCUCGGAUAUUCUUGUUGCCGCCAUACCCAAGUUUAUUUCAAUGAACGUGCAGAUAAUCAUCCUCGGAACUGGAAAGAAGACAUUCGAGCAGCAGAUCGAACAGCUUGAGGCGCUGUAUCCGGACAAAGCAAGAGGAGUGGCCAAAUUCAACGUCCCCUUGGCGCAUUUGAUAACUGCGGGCGCCGAUUAUAUGCUGAUCCCGAGUAGAUUCGAACCUUGUGGUCUUAUUCAGCUACAUGCCAUGAGAUAUGGGACGAUACCAAUCUGUGCUUCAACUGGCGGGCUUGUCGAUACAGUGAAGGAAGGCUUCACCGGAUUCCACAUGGGAGAUUUCAACGUCGAGUGCGCCACGGUGGACCCGGCCGAUGUGCUGAAGAUAGUUAUGGGUGUUGCUAAGGCUCUGGCCAUCUACGGUACCCUUGCCAUGGCCAAAAUGAUCAGAAAUUGCAUGUCGCAGGAUCUAUCGUGGAAGGGGCCUGCAAAGAAGUGGGAGCUGGUGCUGCUGAGCCUCGGCGUGGCCGGAAGCGAGCCCGGAAUCGACGGCGAAGAGAUCGCGCCGCAGUCCAAGGAAAAUGUGGCAACUCCUUGAAGGUACCUUUCGUCUCUGCAAGUUAAAAUAAACUAACCAACCCGCUAACAGAGCUCUAGAUGUACGUAUGUAUGUAUGUAUGUAUGUAUGUAUUUGUGUGUUCUAAGCUUAGGACAUGCAUGUAGUUUUGCCUAGUUAAUGUUGUUGUAAUAAAGCAGCAGCAGAGAAUGAUUGUUUCAUGCGUUGGGGGAAAUUGUGGUUUAUAAAUUAUUGCGUUUCUGCUGCAA